CCCACGUGUGAGAUGAAGGAAGUGACGUCACGGGUCAACCCGGAAACCAGCACUAAUAACAACAGAGACUACGACUUUCCCUGACAAACUCUCCACAUAUUAUACGAGCAGGAUCCCAGUGGACAGAAUGGAUGCGAAGUGGGUCGGUAGUGUUGUGUCUAUAAACUGUGGGCUGACGUUGGGAGUUUAUCAAGGAGCGGUGUCAUCAGUUGACCACACUAGCCAGACCAUCUCUCUAAAACAACCCUAUCAUAAUGGUGUCAGAUGUCCUGUUGCUGAAGUCACUUUCAGUGCCAUGGACAUCAAGGAGUUAAAGUUCCUGGAUAUCCAGAAUACAACCAACAAGCCGAGCUCUGUCCCGGGAGCUGCAACAGAAGCCAGCCACGUGACAUCAGGACGCCACAAUCAGAGCAGCAGGGUCACUCAGACUCAAGUCCCCACCAGCAGCUCUCACUCCAACACUGCUCCCAUCACCAUCCUACGCAGAGCCCCUGUAGGCUCAUCCAACAGCAGAGGAGGGACUCAGGCUACACAAAAGAAAACCAAUGUGAAAAAUGGAGGCGGUGGAGGGUUCAUGAGACAAAGGGAUGACGAGUGCUUUGGAGAUGGGACUGAUGAGGACCUGGACACUGACUUCGACUUUGAGGGAAACCUGGCUCUGUUUGACAAAGCUGCUGUCUUCUCUCAGAUCGAUGGAACCAACAGCCAUACAAACAGAUCACAGCAGCACAGCAGGCAGGAUGAACAAAAACCCAGAACCUACCGCCAUGAUGAGAAUAUUCUGCAGGGGAAACCCAUUGCAUACCGGCAGAUAUCAGUGCCGCAGCACGGGGGCAAAGAGUACUGCACAGAUUCAGGCUUGGUGGUUCCCAGCAUUCCCUAUGAGCUUCAUAAGCGUCUACUGGCAGCUGCAGAGCGUCAGGGCCUGAGUCUGGAGCGCAGGCUGGAGAUGAUUGGUAUUUGUUCCUGUCAGAUGGCUCUAACUCUGCUGGGAGGACCAAACAGGCUCACUCCAAAAAACGUCCACCAGAGGCCAACUGUGGUCAUUCUGUGUGGGCCGCACAUCCAGGGAGCUCAGGGCAUCAGCUGUGCUCGACACUUGGCCAACCAUGAAGUGGAGGUCAUCCUGUUCCUGCCUAACUUUCUCAAGAUGCAGGAAUCGGUCACCAGUGAGGUUAACCUGUUCAGCAGGACAAGCGGCAAGCAGGUGGCCAGUGUCAAAGACCUACCAGCAAGCCCUGUGGAUCUACUCAUCAACUGCUUGGACUGCCAUGUGAACCGACUGCUGAAGGAGCAGUCCUGGUACCAAACAGCAGCAGACUGGGCCAACAGUAACAAGGCUCCAGUCCUGAGCAUCGAUCCAGCGGUCAGUGAGCAGUGUCAGAGUAUUGAGGCAAAGUGGACUCUCUCUUUGGGCCUUCCUCUUCCCUUAGCUGACACGGAGAGCAGGGUCUACCUCUGUGACAUUGGCAUCCCUAAAAUGGUUUUUCCAGGAAAUCGGAAUCAGCUACCAUUCACCUUUUGGAUGUAAAUUUGUUAUACCCCUCCAUCAAGGUUAAAAUCUCACCCUCUGUUACAGCACUCAGUUACAAAUGGAAACUAAUUUUCUGGUAACUACCUUACCACAAUAGGUAGGGGUACUUUGUGUAUGUGGCUGAAAAGCUAACACCUGACCAAUAUAAUCUAAGUUACAAAGUUUAAGCUGUACGGCUUCACAACACGUCUGAAAGCACAUGGUAAGGGAAUUUUCAUAUCCGCUGGAAACUCCAAGGGCUGCUGCAUGUUGCGUGCGACACCUCUUGUUUUUAAGAGGGAAAGGUUUCCUGUUCUUUGGUGUGUUUUGAUAAGGGCUCCGUGUUACGAGGUGAAUAUGUUUAUAAAAUGCUGACCACUGUGAGUCUAUCUAUACCGUCUGACCAGCCAGAGCAGCAGAGACACACUUCCUGUUUCCUCCUUCAGAUUACACGCAGGGUCUUAUCCUGACCCUGUGACCCCGUAGCAGAGCUCAGACUGAAGCUGUCUGCUAACCCAGAUCUACCCCUCAUCUGGGCCACAGGUGACUAGGCUCAUUGUCUUUCAGUUCCAGCAUUUUUUACAUUGUCAAAAGGGUGCAGUUUGACUUGUAUUUGUUGUAGCAUGCUUUUGUAGAAAGGUAAUGAUACAUAGGAUAUAUAUUGUAUUUAUUUUUUGGAAUACAUCUCAGGAAUAAUGAAUGAAAAAUGAGGAAAAUAAUAUUCUGCACUGUUGGGUCCUUUGAGUUUAUAACCACUGACACUGAAAAUUUAAAGUGGUGGCAGACUCCCUGGGGGAUUAUUUUUUGGGAUUUUUGAAGUGUUGUGCAUUUGACAGGAAUUCCAAGCACACAUUCCAAGGACCAAGAACAUCUUAGACCAGGUUAAUCUCCCGAGAUUACAGCCAGGAAGGUGUUGUGAAACCUAAUAAUUAAACCUUUUCCAUUUCUGACACAUCAGUCUCAGCCAAAUCUUAUGAAAAGACCACUCCAGCCAACUUCUGCUCUUCGGUUCAGUGCAUUGACCUGUUAUUACCUUUCAUCAGCAACUGAAGUAAAAACCGGAGUUGAAACAACUGCCCGUGAAUUUUGAAUAAAAGAUAAAAGGUU